AUUAUGAUGUAAACAAAAACAGUGGACCAGAUUUUCACAAUUUACAUUGUUUUCAUGAAGUGUGAGUGUGGAGGUGAUUAUGGAAAUGAUGGAGGCUCGGCUCAAUCAAAGUCUUCAAAGGAAUUGUAGGGUGAAGUUUCCAUAAUGAAUCAACGUAAUAAUGACGCUACAAUUCCUAUAAGAUGUAAAAAUAUACCUACUCCAGACCAAGCUCCGCAUAAUCGUGUGAUUUUGCCUCAAUUGUUGACCACAGUCUUGGAGCUUACGUGUCUGGAGAAGUCACGACAAUGCUCAUCUACUGUAUCUUGAAAGUAGUAUAAUUUGGUUUCUCCAUGUACGCUGGAUUACUAGAUUAAUAGCAGUUUGGAUACAGCGGUAAUGUGGUAUCGAGUAUAUAUAUGCACUUAGAACUUGCAUUUUUGCUAUUAUCUUUUUGAGUGCAAUAUUAUUGCUACUCAUCUCAUAAUAUAAGCAUAGCAUAUUUAAACCGAUUUUCCAGUGAUAAUAAUUCUCCAUAGUUGAUUUCUAUACACUGUCCAAACAUGAGUAUUUUAAUUUGGCUUUUCUCCGUGUUUUUUUUCAUUCAUUCUGAAUCACGUAUUUUAGAUUUAUCCAGACAAGAAAAUGUCACUAUCAGUGACGUUGAUAUAAACGAUUUGUUUGUACAAAUUUAUACUAGAGCAAAUCCGAUUGGUGAUAGAGUCAAUUUGACCGAUGGCAGCAAUGUUGCCAGCCUCAGCUCAUUCGAUAUAAAUCUUGAAACAUUUAUCUAUAUUCAUGGAUGGGAAGACACAAUAAGUUUACCUGCGUCAACUUUGAUUAAAAACUCAUUGCUAGUUGCCACUGAUGCAAACGUUCUUUUAUUAAGUUGGGACAAAUGUGCCGAUAAUGCUAAUUAUGCAGUCAGCUGGGGAUGUGUUGGAGGUACAGGAAGUUUUUUGGGAGAAUUUUUGAAAGCCAUACGAAAAUCUUAUGGUUACUCACUCGACAAUGUUACCAUAAUAGGUCACAGUCUUGGAGCUCACAUUGCAGGAUUCACAGGCAAAAACACUGGUGCAGCUGUGGGUGUUAUUGUAGGCCUCGAUCCUGCAAGUCCAUUAUUCUUCGAAGGAGACAAAAAUCACAGGCUAAACGAAAGAGAUGCCAAAUAUGUCCAAGCCAUUCACACUUGUGCCACAGGAGUUGUAGGGGUAACAUACAGCGUGGGAAUUUCCGAUUUUUGGCCAAACGGUGGUUCGCAUCAGCCCGGUUGCGGUUUAGAUGUGUUUAAAUGUCCCCAUUUAAGAGCCAUUGAUUAUUAUGCAGAAUCGCUUUUGUCCGAUGGUUUUGUUGGUCAGAAUUGCAACAGUUACCUGGAUUAUGAACUUGGGAGGUGUGGUGAUGCGACUAAAAGUGUUAUGGGAGGAUUAAAUGUUAAUAAGGAGGCAAAUGGUAGCUACUAUUUGAAUACCAACGACAAACCGCCAUAUGCUAAAGGAGACGUGUGAUUUGUGAAAUUAUAAAUAUUGUAACAAAUAAUUUAUUUAAGUGUAAAUUCUGUAAAAAAUGACACAAUUAUUUAUUUUUUUUUAAUUAGAACUUUAUCCCUAGACAAAAAGGAAUGUGGAGGAAAAUUAGGUAGUCCUCUUCACGUAUCCGUAUUUAAUUAACUUUUUUAUGUUUUUAGCGCCGGGCAUAAGAAUUUAUUUAAAAGGCGUAACACCCGAUUUGUAGGUACCUCCCAAGAAGAUUUAAUUGAAAGUAAUUUUUCAAACCCAGCUAUACAAAAAAAAAAAUUGACGUUUCUUGUAUUUGUUUUAAGAAAACAAAAAAAACGAACAUAAUAAUCCAAGGGUACAAGUCCAAAUUAGAUUUUCAAUUAGCUUAAUUCUCUGAGCGGGGAGAGUAUAGACAUAGAGUUGUAUUAAUAACGGACAUAAUUCGAUAAAGCAACUAGGUACACCUUUUCCAAUUGUAAUUCAAAAAGCGGAAAAUGUAUUUGAGAAAGACAAAUUAAAUUUCAGAAAAUGAAAAUUGUAACUCAGAAUAGGAAGGUAUUAUUUAGAAUAUGGAAUUUGAAAUUCAGAAAAGGAACAUAAUAUUGAGAAAUGGGAAUAUGUAAUUCAAAAUAGUAAUAUGUUAUUUAGAAAGGAGAAAUUUAAUUCCAGAAAAUGUAAAGUGUAAUUCAGAUAUGAAAUUUUGAAAAUCGGAAAUAGGAAAAUGUAAUUCAGAAUUGGUAACAUGUAAUUCAGAAUUAUGAAAUAUCUAUGAGUGUGUUUUUUUUUUUUAAAUUUUUAAUCUUGUGUCGCUAAACACGGGAUUGCUAUCCCCGUUUAUUAAUUUAUCGUCAGUAGAGUUUUAGAUAGAAAUGUUCUUUGCGAAUCCAAAUUAAAAAAUUGUAUUCAUACAAAUUAAGUUUUUAUUUAGAAGGUAAAUAACUAUAGGUAGGUACCUAAGCACAUAAUUACAUUUUUAUGAAAAAUGUUAAAAUUACCAUACUUCUAAAAAAAAUACCAAAAAGUAAGUUGAUAACUUAAUUUCCUUAUAUGCAAUUCAAAAUUUCAGUCACUGACCAACUGGAAUAUCCCCUAUGUAAUGCUAGCACCGCGACAUGGAAUUUGGUUGAGUGUUGGGUGGUUCUUUCACUCUCUGUACCUGUACUCUGUAUCUUUGUACAGGGUAUUUGAUUAUAUUUGGACCCAUACCUACAGCCUUUAUUAUUCAAUAUAGAAGAAAAUUUUAAAUACAAAACUUGACAGUUUUUUUCUAUAUUUUCUUUUAACGGUAUCAGAAAAAAACAAAAACGCAUCGGAAAAUGGAGAAAGGUAGGCAACUUCGAUUUUUUUCAAUGGAACAUCCUGUAUAUUAGCGAUAAAAUGAAAGAUCUUUUCUUCCUGAUUCCAAAUAUAUAUAGAUUGAUCAAAUUUGGGUGAGCCGUUUUUGAUAUAUCUUAGCUCAAAUUAUACCUAAAUAAAAUCCAAAGAAAUUUUAUAAAGAUUUGAAUGUCUUGACAUCUUUAUGAAAUUUCUUUCCAAAUUAUUUAUAAUUUAAGCUAAAAUAUGUCAAAAAUGGCUCACUUAAAUGUGAUCAUCAUAUAUAUAUAUAUAUAUACACUGUGGGCCGAAAUAAAGGAGUACAUUUUUUAAUUGAAAAUAUUUUUUUUUGGUUUUUGGGCGAUUUAAUUUCUUUUUGCAGGGCUUAUAACCUAACAUGUCCUCAACAUGACUGUAAACUUGAAAGCAAAAAUAAUGUACAGGGUCGGACUUAUAAAAAAAAUUAUAUAACAGUGCAUUUGAGCUCGUUGCAAAUGAAAACUGUCUUAGCUAAAAUUGUACUAAUAUGCUUUUUGGGUAGAUAAACUAUCCAGAACACUUAAAUGUUAUUUAAUUAAAAAAAAUGAUAUUUCGCGAAUCCGGUAAUUUCGGAAAAUUUCCUUUUUACUGAAGUGUUUUGGAUAGUUUAUCUACCGAAAAAGCAUAUUAGUGCAAUUUUAGCUAAGACAAUUUUC